CGAAGGAUUAAUAGUUGAUGAUACAGUCUUUCUGAUCUUCCUGUCGGCAUAUUGACAUCCUCUUUGACGAUCUGAUUUCAUUGGUUGACAGCCAUUCCUGUGCACAGAGCAUUUAUUGCUCACGCUUCGCGUUGCAUCCCUAGUCGUCAUCUCUCCUUGACCAUGGCUUCGGCCGUUUUCUUCCUCGAUUUGAAGGGCAAGGCCCUCCUUGCCCGGAAUUACAGGGGUGAUAUCCCCAUGUCCGCCGUCGAGAAAUUUCCCAUGCUCUUGAGCGAAGCCGAAGACGAAAGCUCCGCCGUGCCACCUUGCUUCUCUUCCGAUGGUAUAAACUAUCUCUACAUUCGACACAACAACCUCUAUCUUCUUGCUCUGACGAAACGAAAUACCAAUGCCGCCGAAAUCCUGCUAUUCCUUCACAAGAUUGUGGAGGUCUUCACCGAAUACUUUAAAGAACUCGAGGAAGAGAGUAUACGGGAUAACUUUGUCAUCAUUUACGAAUUGCUUGACGAGAUGAUGGAUUUUGGAUACCCCCAGACGACGGAAAGCAAAAUAUUACAAGAAUACAUUACACAAGAAUCGCACAAGCUCGAAGUGCAAGCUCGGCCUCCCAUUGCCGUCACCAACGCUGUGUCAUGGCGAAGUGAAGGCAUUCGGUACCGUAAGAACGAAGUGUUCCUCGAUGUUGUCGAGUCUCUGAACCUGCUCGUCUCUUCCAACGGCAACGUGCUUCGCUCCGAGAUCUUGGGCGCAAUUAAAAUGAAGUGCUACCUCAGCGGUAUGCCGGAGCUACGACUUGGUCUCAACGACAAGGUCAUGUUUGAGACCACAGGGCGAGCAACGCGAGGCAAGGCCGUCGAAAUGGAGGAUGUCAAGUUUCACCAGUGCGUGCGACUCAGUCGAUUCGAAAAUGAUCGAACAAUCAGUUUCAUUCCUCCAGACGGAGAAUUCGAGCUCAUGAGUUACCGUUUAAAUACUCAAGUCAAGCCUCUUAUCUGGGUAGAAUGCGUCGUCGAAUCGCAUUCCGGCUCAAGAGUAGCCUACAUGCUCAAGGCAAAAGCACAAUUCAAGCGACGCUCAACAGCAAAUAACGUUGAGAUCCUUGUUCCUGUACCAGAAGAUGCCGACACUCCCCGCUUCCGGACAAACAUUGGUUCAGUCCACUAUGCGCCGGAAAAGUCGGCCAUCAUUUGGAAGAUUAAGCAAUUUGGAGGCGGCAAGGAGUUUCUCAUGCGCGCGGAACUUGGCCUUCCUUCAGUGAAAGGUGACGACGAGCAUGGAGGCGGCAUGACAGGCGGAUUUGGCGGAAGCAUGGGCGGCGCUCUUUCCGGCAAGGGCAAGAGACCAAUUAACGUCAAGUUUGAGAUUCCGUACUUUACCACCAGCGGUAUCCAAGUACGGUACCUGAAGAUUAUAGAGCCAAAGCUCCAAUACCCCUCGCUCCCUUGGGUCCGAUAUAUUACCCAGUCAGGCGACAUUGCCGUCCGAUUGCCCGAUGCCUCAUGAUAGAGUCUAUAGUAUACAUUCUUCACGCCUUAGUUAAAUCCAUAGCUAUCUCUUUCCCCCUACCCUCAUACCUCCUUACCGCUCACCAGGAACUCAAUCAUCCGGAUCCGUUCUCUUCCUUUCUCACACACACUGACGGCGUUGGGUAAUAUGCGUUAUCUCUCAUUUCUUUAGUCGACUCCAGCUCUUUCCAAGUUCUACAUACCGUUACUGCUAUCUAUAGCCACAAUAUAUCUUUUCACAAC